AUGACAAAACUCCAAUUACAUGAUAUUAGUCUUCUCGACAAAUACACAUGUAUGUAUGAAUCAUAUCUGUAUGAUAUUCCACAAAGAAGUGAAUAUGCGCAAUGGAUAUCUGCUUACCUCAUGAAAAUUCCAAUUAUUGGAGAAACCUGUACAGACAGAUGGAAAAAAGAAGUUACUGGAGAAAUCCAGCAAACCAGUCUUUCUUAUGCAACAAAAAUUGCAAAAGAAGAAAUUGAUAGAAUCUGUCAAGACAGAUAUAAACAACAAAAACUUAAAACAAUAAGCAAAGAUUGUUGUAGCAUUCUCUCUGAUUUCAAAAACUUUGAUAUUGGAAAGAAAAAUUAUAAUAAGAAAAAGUAUAAAAACAAAAAGAAAUUCAAAUCUUUUUGGAAAAAGAAAAGAAGAAAAUUUUCACCAGGAAAAUACUUCAAAAAACCUUCAAAAGAAACACCUAAGAAGACUACUUCCUGUCCGCAAGGAAAGAAAAAAUGUAGGUGUUGGAUCUGCAAUGAAGAAGGACACUACACCAAUGAAUGUCCAAAUAGAAAAAAAUACCCAGACAAAGUCAAGGUUUUACAAACCGCUAACAAUGGGGGCUAUGAAGCUCUUGAAGAAGAGUAUGAUGGUACACAACAUGUUUUUAUAUAUCAUGUUGAGACAGAAUCUUCAUCAGACACUGAUGAAUACGAAUCAACAACGGAUGACUCAGACUAG